CAUCGAAGCCGGCACAGCUAACGCUGAGGCUGGGAGAGAAAAAAAAUUGUAAUAUUGGGAGGCCUUUGUUUGAAAAUUGGUUGGUCUAACCUUGCCCAAUGGGAAAAUUUCUUUUGUUUACAUUUUUACACUAUUUUAAAUUUUGAAAGUUAAAAUUAUUCUGAGGUUAGUUAUUGGAAUGAUGACUGGUUGAUUAAAAGUAAGAUGUUUUAACGAGAAUUAAUAUUUUUCUAGAUAUUUUGCAGUAUUCUGAAGUUUGUUUUUGAUGACAGGAAGGAUUGUGAACAAACAGGAUUUUUCCGGACAUUUGUCAUUGUUCAGUGAUACAAAAAAUCAGUAACACUACGUUUCGAGACCUGCAAUCUGAUCUCUUCUUCAGGUACAGAUAGUGUGGAAGAAUGUAUGAAGAUGAAGAUUAUGAAGAAUUUGAUGCAUCAUAUUCACAGGAAAUGGUUGAAGAAGAAAUGAAUCUGGGUAUUGUGUCACUAGCAGAGCACUGCUUGAUUCCCACACUGCGGUCAGUUAGUUCUCAACUACUGCUUCUGCUCACCUGCUGCCUGCUUUAUAGGUGUACCACUCAACUGGCAAAUGUUCCAAUGGCGAUCCGGCAUAUGAUUUCUUCAGUAAUAGGCUUAUAUGCACUGAUAUACUUCUUCAAGGGUUUGGUUAUAGAUCUCUUGAUCCUUGUUGUGGUGGCAUAUGUUAUACUUUCCAUACUUAAUGCUCUUGAAGUGAACCAUGGACCUAUUAUUACCCUACUAUCAUUUGGAUAUCUUGUGGGGAAUGAGUUUCUCCUGGAACCAGAAUCAUGGCAGAAGAUCAGAGGUCCAGAGAUGCUGGCUGUUAUGAAAGUGAUUUCAAUUGCAUUCGACUUGGACUCAGGGGUUAUUAAACGAUUGCCAAAUCUCUGGGAAUAUAGUGGAUAUGUGCUUUGUGUGGGCACAUCAGUGUUUGGUGCUUGGUGUUCUUUUCAAGACUACCUAAAUAUAUAUAUUAAUCCUAUCUGGAACAUUAAAUGGGUGAUAAAGGCAGUGCAGAGUCUACUACUUGGGUUGCUGUCUUUCACACUGAGUGUCUGUUUUGUGGAGUGGUUCAUACCACCUGAGUCAUCUGAGUGGUGGGGAAUGUACCGAGAUGCACUGCAGUUCAGAACGAGCCACUAUUUCGUCUCUUAUCUCUCGGAAACUGCAGCUGUUCUGAGCGGAUUCGGUGCCCAGUCUAACGGACAGUGGCACCUUAAUGUCUCAGAGCCUCAACACAUUGAACUGCCACACUCUCUCGUUCAAGUGGUCAUCUACUGGAACAAAUACAUGCACAAGUGGCUCAAACUUUAUGUGUUCCGUACAAGUAGCAAGUAUGGGGGAUUGGUAGCAGUGCUAGCAACAUACACAGUCAGUUCUCUGCUCCACGGCCUCAAUUACCCAUUGGCAGCCAUCCUCAUGUCCCUAGGUGUAUACACCUAUGUCGAGUACAGUGUUCGAUACAAGCUGUCAGUGUUGCUUGAUGCGUGUGUGACUGCACGUCCUUGCCCUGCACACUGUAUGCGCCACAAACACUCUUCUAGUCUGCUCCCAGUCGCUAUGGUUAACUGGUUAUGGUCUGCACUAGCAGUCUUUCAUUUGGCCUACCUCGGCUGUAUUGUUGACACCACCAGCUCCACUCCUGCUCCUUUCCCCCAGGCUUUCCAGAAAUGGAGUAAUACUCACUAUAUCAGCCAUUGGAUUGCACUUACUACAUAUUUUUUGUACUUUUGUAUCAAAUAAAAAUUCAGAUUUGAGACUCA